AUGUCGGGCGAAAAAGCAGACAAGACCGUGGAGAGCGCUGCGGAGGAGGCCGUGGCGGCGACGCCGGUGCUGGCGACCAAGGGCGGGCGCGAAACGUCGGAUCGGAUCCUGUACGUGGGGAACCUGGACAAGACGAUCAACGAGGCGACGCUGAAGCAGUACUUCCAGGUGGGGGGGCCGAUCGCGAACGUCAAGGUGCUGGUGGACAAGAACAACGAGGAGGCGAACUACGCGUUCGUGGAGUACCGGCAGCCGCGGGAUGCGAACGUGGCGUUCCAGACGCUGGACGGGAAGCAGAUCGAGAACAACGUGAUCAAGAUCAACUGGGCGUUCCAGUCGCAGCAGGUGUCGUCAGACGACACGUUCAACCUGUUCGUGGGGGACCUGAACGUGGACGUGGACGACGAGACGCUGAGCAGCACUUUCAAGGAGUUCCCGACGUUCAUCCAGGCGCACGUGAUGUGGGACAUGCAGUCCGGGCGGUCGCGGGGCUACGGGUUUGUGUCGUUCGGCGAGCAGGAGGAGGCGCAGAAGGCGAUGGACGCCAAGCAGGGCUUCAACCUGAACGGGCGCGCGAUCCGCGUGAACUGGGCGGCGAAGCGCGAGAGCCAGCACGCGGCGCGGCCGCGCUCGAACCGUGGCGGAUUCCGCGGCGGCAGCGGGCACCAGCCGUUCCGCGGCAUGCCGCAGGGCCCACACCUGGGCGGCGCGGCGCCUGCGGGGCCCAUGCAGCUGCAGGGCCCGCCGGUGCCGUCCCCCGUGAACCCGCAGGCCGUGGAGGCCAUGAUCCGCCGCGCGCCCCAGCGCGUCACCACUGCGUACAUCGGUAACAUCCCGCACUUUGCGCAGGAGCCGGAUCUGAUCCCACUGCUGCAGAACUUCGGCUUCAUCAUCGACUUCAAGCACUACGCGGAGAAGGGCUGCUGCUUCAUCAAAUACGACACCCACGACCAGGCCGCGCUGUGCAUUGUCGCCCUGGCCAACUUCCCGUUCCAGGGCAGAACCCUGCGCACGGGUUGGGGCAAGGAGAAGCCCUCAUUUGUGCCUAACGGCGCCGUGCCCCACGCCGCCGCUCCGGCGCCCGUGCAGCCUGCUUCGGACGCCGUCCCUGCCCAGGACCAGGAGCACCAGCAGUGA